CAUUUUAGUGUACUUUAUCGCCUAAUUUUGGAGGAAUAUAACGUACAAGAAACGAAUCAACAAAACAAAUGUUGAAAUGCAGGUAGUUUACGUGGUUUUCACUCCAGCACUCAUGUUUGCAAGUCUUGUCAAGACUGUAACGUUGACAUCGAGUUGGGUGGCUUGCCCGAGAGCCAAUCCUGGAACUUGGUUCAUUGAGCUGAUGGAUGGAAGUCUUCAAAAUCCCGAUGGAUGGAAGACUCAAGCAAAUCACCCAACAAGAUAUGAAGAGAUCACAGAAUAUAAUAAUUUUAUUUAUAGAUUGAAGAGGGGAAGUGGCAGAGCAUGCUUUCGCACUGAAACACCUAGCAUGCUGUUGUUAUUGCAGCUAGGGGGGUUUUACAUAUGGACAUACACUUUUCACUUGGUAAAGAGUUCAUCCAUUAAGUUUAAGGCACUAAGAGUCGUGGAAGAGGAGGCUGCAAGGGAUCCAAACGACGACUUAGAAGCUGAUGUAAAAGCCCAUCUUCUCAAUGGAGAGAGUGAAGGGUAUGAUGCAGAAAGCCAUCCUGUAUCACCUAAGAAGGAAAGCAAGCCCCUUUGGAGGAAGAUAAUCGAGUUUCUACACCUAAUAUUAGAGGAACUAAUGGCACCUCCUAGCGUUGGUAUACUGAGUCUCUCUUCUAUCUAUAAACAUAAACUUUUACAGACUUUGUAUGGUGAAAUAGCAAUUCCUAGGAUUGGUUUGUACAUCCAAAGUCCAGACAGGACUAACAAUAACCAUUGUAAUAACAACUACGGAAUUAUUGGACUCAUUUUUGGAGCUACUACUUGGUUGAGGGGCCUUGUUAUAGGGGAUGGAGCUCCACUUCAAGUGAUACAAGAUUCCCUCAAAUUGCUUGGGGAUGGAACAAUACCUUCUAUCACCCUUAUACUAGGUGGAAACCUAAUACAAGGAUUAAGAUCAUCAAAAGUAAAGCCAACUGUGAUAAUUGGGAUUCUAUUUGUCAAAUACUUGCUGCUUCCUGUGAUUGGAAUUGGAGUAGUAAAAGCUGCUGAUACUUUUGGCUUCCUCCCACCAGACCCUUUAUAUCGCUUCGUGUUGAUGCUUCAGUUCGUAUUGCCUUCGGCCAUGAGUACCAUGGCACAAUUAUAUGAUGUGGGACAAGAAGAGUGCUCAGUUAUAUUUCUUUGGACAUAUCUUUUUGCAGCACUUGCACUUACUCUCUGGUCCACAGUAUUUAUGUGGAUUCUAUCCUGAACAAAGAAUUAUAAGGGCAAACAAGCAAAAUAUUAUGAC